CCAGUCUCGUACCAGUCCUCUGUUGCUGGACUCGUACUCAGUGUGACUUGCUGUUUCGACAUUCAGGAUCCAAGACUUCGACUUGUGCCUUGCCACGGUGUCUGCGUCCGAUCCUCAGUCCCAGUCAGUCGUGUCGAGUGAGUGCGUGUGUGUGUGUGCUCUCACUCUCUCCCUCUCUCUCCUCUCCCUCGGCUCACCCUCAGCCUCACGCUCGUUACAAUGUCAGCCGACAGAGGAGGAAAUACCACGUCAGCAGACCCCUGGUCUGGUCUAUGCUGUUGCGGUCACAUACAGCCGUCAUGGACCAGAGGUCCGGAGAAGCAGACGAGGCCUAUCAGGCCCGGAUGCUGGCUUGGAGUACCGAAACAAAGAAACGGGCAGAUGACGCAGCAGCAGCAGCGAAGAAGAAGGCAGAGGACGCCGAGCAGGCACGUCUGCUGGCACUUGAACAACAGCGCCAGCAUGACGAGGCAGCAGCAAGGGUUGUCGAUGAAGAGAGAAACCAACGUCGUGAGAAGAUAUUUAGUGGAGAGCAGACUUUGCUCACAAUGGCAGCGGCAUGGCGCACCGAGGCCGAGAAUGGCAAGUUGGAGGAUUGCGAAAACAAGAUCGCUCUCCUCCUCUCGCAUCUCACAGACCUCCUGGCAACCUGCAUUACACAGCAGGAGGAUAUCCACAGCCUCGACGACUCGCUAGCUCAAGUACAAGGCCACCUUCAGCAGCUGGAGCAGCGACCGGUCGCCGCCCCCGAUGCAAGCUCUUCCAAUACCUCUGAUCGCCUCGAAGCAUUGGAGAUGGACGUCGGCUCCCUCAAAGACGGCGUGCAGUUACAGCAGACCGCAACGCAACAGUUGCAACAACGGAUCUGUACUACCGCCAAUAUCUCAAGUUCAGAACCGCGCGAAACAGCUCCCAAGUUUGACGGGCAGGAGAUCUUCUGCGACUCGACGAAGACAGAUCCGGUUCCAUGGUUCCGCAAGUUCGAGCUCACGCUGCAGCUACACAACGUCAAAGAACACAAGCACCACGCAUACUUAUACUCUCACUCAGGGGGCGCGUGCCAAGCUUGGUUGGACAACCUCUUGUCCAAGUACGGAGUGGUAGCUAACGACUUGCACACCAAGAUCAGUUGGGAUGAUCUGAAGGCGGCGUGGCACAAGCGGCUCCAAGUCGAGCUGCCGGAGAUCAAGGCUAUGGACAAACUCAUGGUCUUCGAGCAAGGCACGCUGCCGAGUACCCACUGGAUCGCCGAGUACCAACACUUGACGCAAGGGCAAACAGGGAAACUGAGCACCGCCGAGAGUGACUCGACAACACUCUCGACGCCUCCGGAACCGGUUUCUUCGCGGGUAACCGACCUUCAUUCCGAGGCGCACGCGGAAGUCGAUAGUCCUCCUCUUUUACUUUCUUUUGAGGACUAUGCUGCCCGGCUUGUUCCUACGCUGGGCACUCAAGCUCAAGGACUAGAAGUGUGUGCAGUUUCUUCUCCGUCCGACAGUGGCGACUUAUCGUCUUCAAGUGGUUCUUCUCGGGAUUCGGCGCGCGAGUUCAACAUAGAGGUAUUGGACCCGCUCACGGCCGAGGACUUUGCAUGGCUUCCUCUCUCGACCAUAGGCCUCUUGCCGGGACCGCAAUGCGCAGCACUAUGUGCUCAUCUCCACACUUACUUAUCCUUCUAUGCACCACCAACUUCGCCGACGGAUGAUGAAGUCGCGGUGGGGGACAUCCUUGCGUAUACUACCAAGGUGGCCCGCGAGUUUCGCACGCAGCGGUACGAUGACAACAACGCACCGCUCAUGUAUGUCUGCAUUCAAGUUGGGCAAGCGUCCUGCAGCGAUAGCGGCGCAUCUCGCAAUUUCAUGAGCCAAUCCUUUAUGCAAAGGGCUGGCCUUGGCUCUCAAGUUCGGAGGAAGGCAAACCCAACGACGAUCAAGUUGGUGGAUGGAAAGACGCAGCAACUUCUUGACCGUUACAUCGAAGCCGUACCGGUGUACUUUGCACCUCAUGCAUGCGAACCGGUGACGUUCGAUAUUCUCAACACGGACUUCGACAUCAUUCUGGGAAUGUCUUGGCUUGCAAGUGUGGAUCACACGGUCAACUUCCACCGGCGGACUCUUAGCGUUCGCGACGCCUUCGGCGUGGAAGUGGCAUGUACUAUUCCUCUACCGCACCCUUCGAUUCGGUGCCAAGUGGUGACGACCAAGUUACAACUCUCUCUCUCUGUCGUAGUCCGCUGGUACUGAGAAGUCAGGUAGUGAGAGGGUGAAGAAGAGAUGGUGGACUUAGAAGAGGAAGAAGAAGAACUCUCUCUCUCUCUCUCUCUCUCUCUCUCUCUCUCUCUCUCCGGUACUAAACUGUGAAGUUGGCGCCUUGAUGCAGGUACCUUGAAGAUGAAGCUGGAGCUAUGGCGCCACAGGUAAGUCUCCCUGGCCUCCGCCAGCCAUCUCUCUCUCUCACCUCCUCUACCUCUACUAGCGCCCAGCGCUGAAGACUACUACUCCUGCUACUAGCGCCCAACGC